UCGAAAAGUAAUGGCCUUACAAAUUGCUUGAACCAAAGACAAUUUUCAGUUUAUUGAAAAUUAAAUUAUUUUAAAAGCCGUAUUUUUUCAAAAAAUAUCUUUAUUACAUCGAAUAAAUCCAAUUUAAAAAAAUGGUGAAGUUUGCCCUUGUCAUUUCGGUUGUAUUCUCACUUAUUGUAAUCAAUACUGCGUUUGAAAUCCAUCCAAAAAUUGUACGGGGAUAUUCGGCUUAUUCAGGACAAUUUCCCUCUUUUGCAUUUUUGGAAGUUCAAAAUGGUAGUCCAGCGAAAAUGUCAGCGUGUGGAGCUUCCUUAAUCAGCGACCAGUGGUUAAUUACGGCUGCGCAUUGUCUACAGAAUGCAACGAAAUUGGUGGUACAUUUGGGCAAAACGGUGUUGGAUAAACCUGAGCACACACACGUCCCCAUUUCGGUCAAAAGGAAAAAUUUCUUCAUCUUUCCACGAUAUGCACCAAAUGGCGUUCUGCAUGAUAUUGCUUUGAUUCGUUUACCACGGAAGGUUCGUUUCACCGAAUACAUUCGGCCAUUGCCAUUACCUACCGUGUGCAAAAAUCCUGAAAACGUUGAAUCUUACACCGUUGGUUAUGGUGCAACCAGCGACCACUCGGGAGUAUCUCCACAAUUGAAGUUCGCCCUUCUGACAACUCUGCCAGCACAUGUCUGCCGUCAAGUCUAUCAAAAUAGUUACCCUGGAAGAACGGUCAUUUGUGCUUACAAUAACGUGCACGGUCAAUCGGUUUGCAGAGGUGACAGCGGCGGACCAUUGGUUUCGCGAACAGACGGCAAUUUAAUUGGCAUUUCAUGCUUUGUAAGAAAAGACGGAUGCGAAUUGGGCAUUCCACAGGGUUUCACAAACGUAUAUCCAUACCUUGGCUGGAUUAGCUAUGUCACCGGUAUGAAUCUGCCGAAAUGUUGAUCUGAAUACCAUCGACAUCAAUACACCCAUCAAAAGUACUUAUACAGUUUGAUAUUAAAUGUCAACCAGUUCACAUUCGAAGUGACAGAGCUUACGAUCAUCAUUUUAUACGUUGACUCCAUGUAUUUUUUGCACACAAUAAAUUAAAAAAUUGUAGAAACGAACUAAUUGAUAAAGGCUGCGAAACAAAUCUA